ACUGACAGUUCAUUACAAUCAGUGUUGGAUGAUAAACGUGAAACUAUUGGGAAAAUAUAACGCGCUAUUUAAAUAUAUUAUUGUUUAUGCGUAUAUAUCGUUUUCACUUCAUUCAGUACUCUUGAUUUUAAAAUCUGAUCAGUUUGGACUUUGUUUAAGAUAGUUGUGUAUAUUUCGUCCUACAUUUAUUUGGGUGAUGCAUGAGACAUGGAUUUUCGAGUGUAGAUAAUAGCUGUUCCUCUUUCUGAUACUGCCACAUAAACUGCUAUCAUUGUAAAAAGGAAGACAUACAUUAUCAAGAUGUGCGGAGGAUUCACCUGCUCUAAAAACGCGCUGAUUGCGCUCAACAUUCUCUAUGUGGUGGUGGCUUCGAUCUUGAUAUCUGUAGCGGUGUACGGGCAGACAUCGUCCCUGGUGAACACCAACCUGCCCAUUCUUGGGGGCAUACUGGCAUGUGGCGUCCUGCUCAUCUUGAUAUCGUUGCUGGGCAUGGCUGGGGCUGUCAAGCAUCAUCAAGUUAUGCUGUUCUUUUACAUGGUGAUUCUUUUCCUGUUGUUCCUGGUACAAUUCUCAGUGGCCUGCGCUUGUCUUGCCGUGAACUCAGACCAACAGGAGAUGUUGGCUAAGCAAGGAUGGAACAAAGUUAACACUGAGGUGAAGAGUCAGGUGCAGGAGAAAUUCCAGUGCUGCGGGUUUGAGACCAACAUUCGCCCCCUUAAUGCCACAACUGACUUCCCCACCUGUGAUGCUGUCAAUAAACUUUGCUGCAUAAACUCAGUGGACAAAGACUGUGCUUGCGCCCCCUGCAUGGAAAAACUCAAGGAGCGUAUCGACUACGCCUUCAAGCUAUGCGGAGGCAUCGGUCUAUUCUUCAGCUUCACUGAGUUUCUGGGUGUGUGGUUGACAGUAAGAUACCGUAAUCAGAAGGACCCGCGCGCUAACCCCAGUGCAUUUCUCUGAAUGAUCCGCCGAUACGGACUCACGGCGUUUGCUAACUCGAGCUCUUCGCCGUGUGGCUCGCCCGCCGCUACCGCAACCAGCCUGACCCGAACUACAAGGAACCUCACGCUAUUUUCCCGAGGAAGAACUACUUAUACUGAGAAAAACCGAUAAUUUAGCCCCUUCACUAUUUACGCGGUUAUCACACUGGUGGGGAUUUGUAUGCCGCUCCGGUGCCUGAACGUGACGGCGUUAUGCCCGAAUAUAGCCAUGUCCCGCUUGCUCGUCGGACCGGCGUGCAGACCCGCAUCCAAUGUGAAACCGCCUUAGAAAUACACAAGUUUUAGUUUUAGAUAGUCAAUGAAAUGAUGGGUGGUUAUUUAUUUUCUCUAUAAUGGAUUAAAACGCAUUUGUUAAUCAGUCAAUCAUUACAAAAGUAACUUUUUAAAUUGCUGAUUUUAUCACCUAUGCCCUGUGUUAAAAACCUAUAACUAAAAAUUGUACAAGUCUAAACCGGCAACACUUGGCCUAAGCUUCGCGCUUACGCUGGAUUGUCAAUCGGUUUAAUAUGUAAAAUUGGAACUUGUAGCUUUACACUUGGGCGCUGAAAACAUAACUAAAAAAUAAUACUCUAUGACUGACGUUAUCAUUAUUCUGCUCUUAAAUAGGGCGACCCAUGUCUAUGUAAAAAGUCUUGCCAGAAUGUAAAUUAGACAAAAACACUUUACUAGUAAAUCCAAGCGUAUGGUACUGUUCUUGUUGCUAUCCUUGUAUACACACUUUAGAAUAAUGUUAUCUGCGAAUGUUUGAAAACCCUGGUAACGGACCACAAGAAAAGCUGAAAUUGCUUUUAAAUUGACAAAUUAACUAUAUUUGACGCUUUAUUUUACAGUUUGGUGAAUGCAGUGUAUGUUUACGUUGAAUCCCCUCAUUUAUAAAAUCUCUGAACAAACAAAUGCCUAUUAUGGUCAUGUGUUAAAAUUUGACCAUGGUCAUCAUCCAAUUGGUUCAAGUAAGGACGCUAAGCACGGAGAAUUUCGUAUAUUAACCCGCCUUUUUCUAAUAUCUCUAUUGCACGUACAUUUUAUAUUACUGUCUCGCUCAUGAUGCCGGCGGUCAAAGCCACAAGCAAUAUAAAUACGAAAUUUUUCGUGCUUAACGUCCUAACUUAGACGACAAUAGAUACAUAUGACCAUAGUAGGUGAUAUCUAGAUGUUCUAGAUUAUUCAUCUAUUUCCUAUAGAUACAUAGACAGGCAAGAUAAAUCAUAGAAUUACUCAAUAUUUAUUAAUACUGUCUCGACUUAAUUCCGAAUUAGUUGUGGUCCUUCAUUUUAACUGAUCGUUUGCUGUGUGUCUGUAUCGACGAAUACAAAAUAUUGUAAUGUUACAUUAUUGUAAGACAUACGAUCUCAGGACGACUUUUCCGCGUACAAUGUAUGGCACAUUUUCAUUGGUCGAACAGCACUUUUCAUUGGCAUACGUGGGUAUAUUUUCUUCUAUUCUAAUAUGAAAAAGGAAUAAGAAAAAUACAAGGCGCAUUGUUAAAAAUGAAUUCUCGUAGACUACGUCUUUCCCAACAGUCCCUAAUCACCAACUUGACAUUUGUGAUUAACAUGUCAUGACGUUUCUUUGUUGAUACGUGGUUAAAACUCUCCAACUAGUGUAAUAAGGAUCAGAUGAACACCAGCCCCCUUUUUCAUUAAGUUGACAAUUGUCACCUGACAAUGACAAUUCUCUGUACACUUCGGGGAUCACAUUUAAUUUGGAAUUUGGAUAGGCGUCAUCAAAGCAUAUCGACUUUGAAAUAUCUGAAUUGUUAUUGUCCCUUGCAAUAGUCAAGUUAAUGAAAUAAGGACCAGUCAAAAAAGGUUAUUUGAUUGGUUGAGUGACUGAAACACUGUGUGGUAUUAAAAUAACCAAAUGAACGUUUGUCCAACAUUAAAGACGUGAACAGACUAGUCGCCCAAUUAAAAUGCGCCCUCAGAGAUACGAUGGUUGAUUCCUAGCAAAUAGUAUGUGUAAGUUGUACAUUUGUGUACUAGUCAGUAGUCUAAUUAUUUUGUAGUGUUUGUGGAUCCUUCGCUUCCAGUAUUUAUUGAAUGUCAAAUUGAAUGAUACUUGUCUACGCCUACGUAGUGUUGUUUUGUGUUACCAGGCUGCUAUUUUUUCUUUUUUACAAAUAACACGGCCAUAGCAGGCAAGUCUCGUGCUUACAUUUGAUGCUUAUUAGUAAGAUCUAAACUGCCACACCGGUACACCCAAAAUCACUCACAUUUUUAUAAAAUGUACUCAUUUUAUAAAAAUGCACUCACUUUAUAAAAAUGCAUUCAUUUUAUAAAAAUGUGAGUGCUACAAAGGUAAAAAAGUAUGCAUGCUCCAGACUCCAGAGAUAAUUCACGAAAAUAGUUAAUUUUAGUGGUGGGUGGCCGUCGAUGUGGGAGUGUUGACCUUCUUUUUGAAAUAAAACGGAUUAAAAAAUAAAAAUUAGUUUUACUCACUAACUGCCGCAUGCACUGAUAAAUAAACGUUACUGUUUAAAACUUAUUUUUAUUUAUUAUGAUUUCCGUGUAAAAUAAUAAGCUUUAAUUUUAUACGCUGUUUUAACGAUAAAUACUUUAUUUUCGACCAACGGUUUCAACAUUGUAAUCAAUUCCCUCGUUUACUGGUGUUUAAAUGUAUUUUUUAUUUUUUUAUAUAUCUUAAGUCUUAGUAACUUCUAGUGAUGAUUAUUAUUAGGUUGCAAAUUUUUAUUGGAAGUAAGAAUGACCAUGUCGAUAGGUAUAUAUAAUAUUAAAAUAUAUGUUAUAUCGUAAAUUAUUAACUAAUAAUUACUUAAACAAAUAUUGAACCAUCUACUUUUAAUAAUAUAUAUGAUUUAUAUAAGUUAUCAUAAGGUACAAUUCAAGUAUACUUUUUUGUGAUGUCCCUAUUAUUAUAUUAUAAUUUAAAUUGCGGGUUAAUCCUAUUUAAUAAAUGUAAGUUUUAGAUUUCAUGCUUGAUUCUUCAACUACAUCUUUACAUUUCGGGGAAAUCAAGCAGCAACGAUAACCAGCAAUAAUUGUCAACAAUAUUGAUGGCGAAAUUGUCAGUGUCAGGUGACAAUUGUCAAGUUGGUGAAAUAGGCUCCUAUUUCACGGAUUUGACAUUGACAAUAUUAUCAUUUCUUUUAUCGACCCCGAAAAUUGUCAAGUGUUGACGGUCAGUCUUGUUUCAUCAUCUUUACAAUUCAGGGAAAUUAAGCAGCAAUGACAUCCAGCAAUAGAUGUGAACAAUAUUGAUGGCGGAAUUGUCAGUGUUAGAUGACAAUUGUCAAGUUAGUGAAAUAGACUCCUAUUUCACGGAUUUGACAUUGACAAUGUUAUCAUUUCUUUAACUAUGUUAGGCAGUAAUCGCAGACGAAAGACAUUAAUUCCUCAUUCCGUUAAAGUCCAGAUUAUCUAAUGCAUGUAGUCUUAUUUAGAGGUUUCUUCAGAGACAUACCCUCUUUGAGAAGACAUUCUUAAAGUGCUUUAUUUUAUUAAAAGUAUAUCAGUAAUUAUAUUGUGUAGGUAUAUUAGCAAUUUGGACUUGUAUAAUUAGUGUACGGUCAGCAGUUGGAUGUACUUACGCGAUGGCAGUUCUUAGUUUAGGGCAUUUAUUCGUGUGAUGAGCAUGGAUAUUUGUUCCUGAGUCCCGUGUGUUUUCUAUGUAUUUAAGUAUUUAUAUAUUAUAUAUAUCUUUCUCAAAUUACCAUCAACACAAGCCUUAUUGAGCUUACUGUGGGACUUAGUCAAUUUGUGUAAUAAUGUCCUAUAAUAUUUAAAAAAAAAGACCAUGACCAUACUUAUUGUAAGAGAAUAAAAGGUUUUCUCGCCAAUCUCAACCGUAAAUUUAUCUGCUGCUGGCUGUACCUCUCAGUGGCAAAGAGUCCAAUAUUUAUGUAACCUUAGAUCACAAAUCACUUGCCUAGAUAAAUGUAUAGAUAAUGUAAGACCAGAAACUUCUUGCCUCGCACAGCUAAAGUAGUGCUAGUUUUACCAUAACAUUAACUUUUUAUGUACAAAUACAUUAAAAAAUCUGCGAAAAAUAACAAAAAAAAUUUUUUUUGUCGAAAUUUACUUAAAAGUCACAACAUUUUUUCCUUCUUUUGGCCUCAGAAGUGCGUGGUUAAAAUCUUUCGAGUUCUAAGUCUGUUUAGUCACUAGUUUAGUUAGCCCUAAAGAGGAAUUCUUAGUUGGGAUUUUUCCAUACAAACGCUUUCGACUGUUUCCUCCUUGGAUUUUUAACCUAGAGCAAUCAUUUUUUCAAAUAAGACCAAAAACAUCAAUAUCUGUGCUGUUAUUUUUGCUUUUUGGAUUAUUUUAUUUUGAAGAAAUUUACAGCGCCUCGAAAAUCGCAAAAAUGGCUCAAUUGAAUUGGCUGCAAAAAAGGCGCUGUAUACAAAUAUGACAACAAAUAUCCAAAAAAUCAAAACAUCACGGCAUAGAUUAUUUCUUCCUCUUGCAGUUUCCAAAAUUUCAUAAUGUAUGGUUGUGUUUUUGAGGAGAAAACAGUCGAGAGCGAAACCUAGAUAUUUGAGUUUUUUGCGUGGGAAUUUUAGUCCGAGCUGCAGUUGUCCUCAUCGCACGAACGCACUCCCGCCCACCGCAGCGCGACAGCUUCAAAAAUUUGAGAUUUGAAAAGUUGCUCAGCUAGGAAUUGCUCUUAAAUCGAUAGCGGCAACAUAGGUACUUGCCAUCAUAAUUAAAACAAAAACACAUUUCAACGUACAAUAACAAUUUCGGUUCGAAAUCAAAUGGCUAGAAAGGAAUUUCAAAUGGUGAAAAGGUUAUCCAGUUCGUGUCAUCCAGGAUGACGCGCAGAUUUGUCAAAUCUAACAUGACAUUACGAGUCAGGGCUUGCGUCUUCGUGAAUGACACGAUCUAUAAUAGGCUUGUCUUGAGGACGCUUUGUCACUGCGUGGUAGUUUUCUGAGUUGACUUAGCCAAGCCUUAAAGAUUCGAGCCGUUGAGACUUGUACCCGCCGCCAGUAUCAGAAUUUGAAAAUCGUCUAUCGGCUUCUCUGUCGCUCUACCGUAAUAGGAAUUCAAGUGACAAAGAUGCCGAUAGACUAUCUUCAAAUUUCAAUGUUGUUUCUUCUGUAAACCAAAGGUUUUAGCAUAAUAAUAUAUGGUACAGGUUAAACUAGCUGAUAAGACUACCAUCGAGAGUUGUUACUGUGUGUCGAGUAUCGUUCGAGUUGUGCCCUUCCAGCUCCAUGUAUCUUCUCGGAAUAAAGUGUGUUGAGCAUUA